AUGAACGCGCUCGCCUUGCUGACCAUCGUUUCCUGCUGCGGCAUCGGCAUCGUCGCCGGCGACGGACUGCGUCUGCCCGACCAGCAGUCGUCCAACAACAUACAGCAGAUAUAUGCCCCGCAGCCGCAGCUGCAGCCGCAGCAGACGCUGCAGUUCCAACAGCAGCCACAGCAGCCGCAGCCAGCUCAGCCCGGCGAGGAACAUGGUCGCUCCUCACUGCUAAGCAUCUUCGGCUUGGGCAAUGACAAUGAUCCCUAUUUGGCGCGCACCAAUAGCAACUGCCUGGGCGGCGAUCUGUCCGAGUGCUUCAAGACGCAGGCGCUGAACACGUUCGAUGAGAUCUUCUUCAAGGAUCAGUAUCGCCUGUCGGACUUUGCGCGCGUGGUGCGCCUGCCGGAGACCCAGCAGAGGUCGCUGCUGCAGGAGCCCUUCGAGUACUCCGAGGAGCCGCGCUCAGAGGACGAUGACUGGAAUCUGCUGGUGAAAUAUGCACUGCGUCGCGCCGAACGCUUCAUUAAGUCCACCGCGCUGGAGGUGGAGUGGCCCGAGGAGCUGACCGAGGCGGGCCGCUACGAGGCGCGCUUCAUUGGCAAUGACAUUGACGACGAGCUGGAUGUCGUUGAGAACAAACGUGCCGGACACUUCUCACGCAAGAAGCUCAAGAAGAUGAUAAUUCCCCUCUUGCUGGUGCUGAAGAUCUUCAAGCUGAAGCUGCUGCUCUUCCUGCCCUUCAUACUGGGUAUUGCGGGCCUGAAGAAGAUUCUCGGCUUGGCUGCCAUAAUUCUGCCCGGUCUAUUUGCCUACUUCAAGCUCUGCCGCCCGCCCGGUGGUGUCGGUGGCGCCUUCGGUGGCGGCCUCUCCGGCCUCUUUGGCAGCAAGAACACCUUCCCCGAGUACACGCCCCAGGGCGUGGGCGCUGCCACCUACUACCAUCAUCAUGAGCACUUCGAGGGCGGCCAUGGCGGCGGUGCACCCGGUCCUUACUAUCGGCCGGAGCCAUCGUUUGCCAAGCCCUACAGCGACUACUACAGCAAGAGCUACCACCAGGCCGACGGCCAGGUCCAGGCUCAGCAGGUGGGCGGCAACUCCAUCAGCUUCGGCGAUGCCCAGGAGGGCGCAUACAAUGGCUAUUAUGGACGCAACAGCGGCAAGGACAUUGCUGCCGAGCCGCAGGCGCAGCAGCAGAAGAGUUAG